GGGCAAAGCAGCACCUCGAUCAGGUGUGCUAACUGCUCUACUCAAAACACCUCUUUGUGGCGCCACCAUCAUGACGGCCACACGUUGUGCAAUGCCUGUGCUCUGUUCUACAAGCUACAUGGCCGCCUACGACCCCUGUCCAUGAAGACGGACGUUAUCAGACGGCGUAAUCGUAAUGGGACCAAUAAC